ACCAUUAUUUAGCGCACAACUAUUAUCGUCAAUUUUUUGUGAAAAUUUUUAAAAAUGUCGGAAGAAACAAUUAUGUCUAUGAAUGAUCAGACAAUUAAAAUUGAACCACCAGAAUAUUCACCAGAAGACAUUAAACUCGAAAUGGAGGAUGAAUUCGAUGAUCCUGAUGUUACUAUUAAAUCUGAAUCGUUUACUGAAGAUGAUGAAACGUGUUUAGAAAGAUUCAUGAAUUCCGAGGUGAAAAUUGAACCACCAGAAGACAUUAAACUCGAAAUGAAGGAUGAAUUCGAUGAUCCUGAUGUUCCUGUUAAAUCUGAAUCGUUUACCGAAGACGAUGAUACGUGUUUAGAAAGAUUCAUGAAUUCCGAGGUGAAAAUUGAACCACCAGAAGACAUUAAACUCGAAAUGAAAGAUGAAUUCGAUGAUCCUGAUGUUACUGUUAAAUCUGAAUCGUUUACUGAAGACGAUGAUACAUGUUUAGAAAGAUUCAUGAAUUCCGAGGUGAAAAUUGAAGAAGAAGUCAAACAGGAGUUAGUCGAUACACCAACUCAUGAAUGUGACAUUUGCAAUAAAUCAUUUGCAGAAUCAGAUCAUUUAAAAAAGCAUAUGAUCGAACAUAUGCCUAAUAAUAGCAAAGAAAGAUCUUUCAAAUGCGAAAUCUGUUACAAGACUUUUGAUCGAUUAAGUGAUCUGAAAAGUCACAUGCUUAUUCACAGUGGUGAGCGUCCUUAUGAAUGCAAUAUAUGCAAUAAGGCAUUCACAAAAUUUAGUGAUCUGAAAAGUCACAUGCUUAUUCACAUUGGGGAGCGUCCCCACGAAUGCAAUAUAUGCAAUAAGGCAUUCACAACAUUAAGUCAUCUGAAAAGUCACAUGCUCAUUCACAGUGGGGAGCGUCCCCACGAAUGCAACAUAUGCAAUAAGAAAUUCACACAUUUAAGUACUCUGAAAAGUCACAUGCGCAUUCACAGUGGGGAGCGUCCCCACGAAUGCAAUAUAUGCAAUAAGAAAUUUACAGAAUCUAGUAAUCUGAAAAAACACAUGCUUGUUCACAGUGGUGAGCAUCCUCAUGAAUGCAACAUAUGCAAUAAGAAAUUUACACAUUUAAGUAAUCUGAAAAGACACAUGCUUAUUCACAGUGGGGAGCGUCCUCAUGAAUGCAACAUAUGCAAUAAGAAAUUUACACAUUUAAGUACUCUGAAAAGUCACAUGCUUAUUCACAGUGGAGUACGUCCCCAUGAAUGCAGUAUAUGCAAUAAGAAAUUUACACAAUUAAGUCAUCUGAAAAGUCACAUGUUUAUUCACAAUGGUGAGCGACUCCAUCGAUGCAAUAUAUGCAAUAAGGCAUUCACAACAUCAAGUUAUUUGAAAAGUCACAUGCAGAUACACAGUGGGGAGUGUCCCCACGAAUGCAAUAUAUGCAAUAAGACAUUCACAACAUCAAGUACUCUGAAAAGUCACAUGCUCAUUCACAGUGGGGAGCGUCCCCACGAAUGCAAUAUAUGCAAUAAGAAAUUUACAGAAUCUGGUAAUCUGAAAAGUCACAUGCUUGUUCACAGUGGGGAGCGUCCUCAUGAAUGCAACAUAUGCAAUAAGAAAUUUACACAAUUUAGUAAUCUGAAAAAACACAUGCUGACACACACAGGAGUACGUUCCCACGAAUGCAAUAUAUGCAAUAUGAAAUUUACACAAUCAAGUCAUCUGAAAAAACACAUGCUGAUUCAUAAACGAGAGCAUCCUGAUGAAUGA